AUUUGGGGAGGAAUGGAGGAUUAGUGUGGUUGUUUGGCUGCCUUGAAGACAUGCAGUCAUGGUGAAAGCUUGGUUCUAGCAUUCGGAGGAGAGCUACGGAGCUCGAGAAACCGACCCAGCUGCCUGUUGCCCUGCAAUUACAGCCAAUCCAGUAAAAAGCUCUGGUCAAACCUAAGAAAACGACAUGGAAUCCGUGAAUUCUUUCUGUCGUUCUCACUCCAUACUUACCUUUACCUCUUCAAAAAAAUCUCUUUCUGGCUCCACGAACAUGUCCACCUCUCGGGUUUAUGUGCUUUUUAUCUUUCCUGAUACAUUUUUCGUUGUUUUGUAUCCGACGUCAUCCAUCUUUCUUACUUCUCACGAGAUUGUUAAAUUUAACUUCAAUCAUCGGAUUCUUAGUUCUCACUUGACUGAAUGCUAUAAGUUGGACGGGGAAGCUUCUCUUGCUAUUGUUCAAUUCAUUCUUUUGCUUGAUUUUUUGAUGGGUCAUUGAUUUGAACAUUGUUAGUGUUGAAUUUAGUGAGGAUUUGCGAUUGUUCUGUUGUAUUUCUGGUAAGGAAUGGAAAAGUGGUUGUUCUCCGUGUUCUUCUUGCUCCUGGUUUCUGGGUGCUUUUUUUCUGGUAGUGUUGUUGGGAAGUAUUGCACCAACACCCUGAAUGAGCUUUCAUCCCACACAUUCCGGUAUGCACUCUUGUCGUCGAAGAAUGAGACAUGGAAAAAGGAGGUAUUUUCUCAUUACCAUUUGACCCCAACUGAUGACUCCGUGUGGAUGAAUCUGCUUCCUCGGAAGGUUUUGAAGGAGGAGGAGAAAUUCAGUUGGGCAAUGAUGUACCGGAGAAUGAAGAAUACAGGGACGACUAAUAUUAAUCAAGGGGGAGGGGAUUUUCUUAAGGAAGUAUCGUUGCACGACGUGACAUUGGACCCAGAUUCAAUGCACGGGCAUGCUCAGCAAACAAACUUAGAGUACUUGUUGAUGCUGGAUGUUGAUAGACUGGUCUGGAGCUUUAGAAAGACAGCAGGUUUGCCGACACCAGGGACACCCUAUGGAGGAUGGGAGGGUGCAGAUGUUGAGCUUCGGGGUCAUUUUGUAGGGCAUUACAUGAGCGCUUCAGCAAAAAUGUGGGCCAGUACUCACAAUGAUACUCUCAACAAGAAGAUGGCUGCAGUGGUUUCUGCACUUGAUGCCUGUCAGAAGAAAAUAGGCACUGGAUACCUCUCAGCGUUUCCAACUGAGCUAUUUGACCGACUUGAAUCUUUGGAACCAGUGUGGGCACCAUAUUACACUAUUCACAAGAUCAUGGCGGGCCUUUUAGAUCAGUAUUCAAUUGGAGGAAACAGUCAAGCUUUACAAAUGGUGGUCUGGAUGGCUGAGUACUUUUAUAACCGUGUACAAAAUGUUAUAUCAAAAUAUACUAUUGAACGACACUGGAUGUCAAUUAAUGAUGAAACAGGCGGAAUGAAUGACGUCCUUUAUAAACUGUACAGCAUUACGGGAGAUAAGAAACAUUUAGUAUUAGCCCACCUAUUUGACAAACCAUGCUUUCUAGGUUUGCUGGCAGUACAGGUUGAUAGUAUUUCUGGUUUUCAUGCCAAUACACAUAUCCCAGUUGUUAUUGGAUCUCAGAUGCGCUAUGAAGUUACUGGUGAUCCACUUUAUAUGGCAAUAAGUACAUUCUUUAUGGAAAUUGUGAAUUCUUCUCAUGCUUAUGCAACAGGGGGGACAUCAGCCAGUGAGUUCUGGUCUGACCCAAAACGGCUAGUAAGCACUUUAAGCACAGAGAAUGAAGAAUCCUGUACUACUUACAACAUGCUAAAGGUUUCACGUCACCUAUUUAGAUGGACCAAAGAAAUGGCUUAUGUAGAUUAUUAUGAGCGUGCCCUGACAAAUGGUGUGCUUAGUAUUCAGAGAGGAAGGGAACCUGGAGUAAUGAUCUAUAUGCUUCCUCAGGCCCCUGGAGAUUCCAAAGCAAGAAGUUACCAUGGAUGGGGAACAAAGUUUGACUCCUUUUGGUGUUGUUAUGGGACAGGAAUUGAAUCAUUCUCAAAGCUAGGAGACUCCAUUUACUUUGAGGAGGAAGGGAAAUCUCCAGGACUCUAUGUUAUCCAAUUUAUAUCAAGUUCUCUUGACUGGAAAUCUGGACAGUUUGUGUUAAAUCAAAAAGUAGAACCUGUUGUUUCCUGGGAUCCUUACCUCCGAGUGACAUUUGCAGUUUCUACAGAACAGAAGCUAGGCCAAUCAUCAACCUUAAAUCUGCGGGUCCCAAUUUGGACAUACCUAAGUGAUGCCAAGGCAUCAUUAAAUGCACAGAAUUUGCCUCUACCAGUUCCAGGCAGCUUUCUGUCAAUUACAAGAAAAUGGAGUCAUGGUGAUAGAUUGAUCCUUCAGCUUCCAAUCAGCUUAAGAACAGAAGCCAUAAAAGAUGAUCGACCUCCGUAUGCUUCUAUUCAAGCUAUCCUUUUUGGACCCUACCUUCUUGCUGGUCUGACCAGUAAGGACUGGGACAUCAAAACAGGAGGAGCAAGUUCUCUCUCAGAUUGGAUAACUGCAGUCCCAGCUGCAUAUAAUUCUCAGAUAAUUUCUCUUGCCCAGGAAGUCAGUGAUGUGGCCUUUGUAUUCACAAAUUCUAAUAACUCAAUUAAAAUGGAGAAGUUGCCAGAGUCUGGCACAGAUUCUGCUGUUCAUGCCACCUUCAGACUUGUACCCAAAGACGUGAACUCGUCUGGUUUCUUAUCUCCGAUGGAUGCUAUUGGCAAGUCAGUCAUGCUAGAACCAUUUGAUCUUCCAGGAAUGGUUGUGGUACAACAAGGACCAAAAGAGAAGCUUACAGUGUCAAAUGAUGACAGUGACAAUGAUUCAUCUGUGUUCCGCGUUGUUGCAGGACUGAAUGGAAGGACUGAUACAGUUUCAUUGGAAUCAGAAAGCCAUAAAGGGUGCUUCGUCUAUAGUGGAGUGAAUUAUAAUGCUGGCACGAGCGUUCAGCUCAUCUGCCAGUCAGGUUCAACUGAUUCUGAAUUCCUGCAGGCAGCAAGUUUUGUAUUGAAAGGGGGCAUGGCUGAGUAUCAUCCCAUCAGCUUUGUAGCAAAGGGAGCAAGGAGAAAUUUCUUGCUGACACCACUGCUGAGUUUAAGAGAUGAAUCAUAUACUGUUUAUUUCAACAUUCAAUCUUGAUUUUGAGAAAGGUGGUUGUGUUCCCAAGGAUGAGUUUUCCAACUCAUAUAAUAAGUUCAUUUCCUCUCUUAUGUGGUGAAGAAUUGAAAACCAAGUACUAAAUCAAACUUAACUAACAGAUAUUUCCUAGUUGUAUAUACAUGUGCUAUAUAUACAAAAAUAUUAUUUGCUUUUUUUC